GAAGAUCAACCAGCAUCAGAGGCCAGUCUCAAAAACAACACCUAUUAGGUCAACAGACUUCAAAUGUUCCAACAUGGAGAGUCCUAGACAGGACACUGAAGAUGCCUUAGGUCGUAUUUCAUCUGAAUUUGGUUUAAAUGUAUCCGCAAUCCACAAAGGAGGAGCUGGAGAAGGGGCUCAUCCUAGAAGGGGUCAAAUUAUUGAUUUCCGUGGGAUGAUCCAAGAUGCUAUUAAAGGUGCAUCGAGUGAAAUAGCCUUGCAUAGCCUUAACUGUAAUCCGGAUCCUUCAGAACGACUGUUAAAACCACUAGGUGCCUUUGUCGGGAUGACUGCUGAAAUGAGAGAACUUGCAACUGUAGUAAGCCGGGAGAUCUAUCUCCAUAACCCAAAUGUAAAAUGGGAUGAUAUUAUCGGACUUGAUGCAGCCAAACGGUUAGUCAAGGAAGCUGUUGUGUAUCCCAUACGGGUAAGUAAAUCCUACAUUACUAAUUUCAAAGGCACAAGACUGGUCUAUUUUCAUGGACAAAGUCCUGAAGUCAUACCAUGUAGUUUUUUCCCUUUACCUUUAUUUCUAGGUGGCAGCUUUUGAUUUUGGCAAGAUUAGUUUCUUAGAAGAGAAGGUUGAGAGGUGAUAUGAUAGCCCUGUUUAAAUAUUUGAAAGGGUGUCACACUGAGGAUGGAACAAGCUUGUUUUCUGCUGCUCCAGAGAACAGGAUCCAGAACA